AUGGCCCCGGGGCUGCAGCUCGGGCCCUCGCUCCUCGCCCUCGCCGCCUGUGUCGGCGCUGCCCGGCUCGCUGCCGGAGCAGGCGGCGGCAGGAGGGGCCCGGCGGCCGAGGCGUGCGCAGGGAGGGGGCUGUCAUCAGUCACAAAGAACAAUGGACUAUUCAACAUCACCUUUAAAUAUGACAACUGCACUCCAUAUUUGAGUUCAGUGGGAAGACACGUGAUUGGAGAUGUGCAGAACAUCACUAUCAGUCAGUUUGCAUGCCAGGAGCAGGUGGCUGUGAUGAUCCUUUGGACAGCAAAUGCUAUUGGGAUUGAAUACCUGAAGGGAUUUCGAGUAAUACUUGAGGAGUUAAAAUCAGAGGGAAGACAAUGCCAGCAGAUGGUUUUAAAAGAUCCAAAGCAGCUCAGCCCCAGUUUUAAAAGAACAGGAAUGGAGUCCCAGGCCUUUUUAAACUUGAAGUUUGAAACAGAUUACUUUGUAAAGAUUGUUCCUUUUCCUUCCAUUAAAAAUGAAAGUAAUUAUCACCCAUUUUUCUUCCGAACUAGAUCAUGUGAAUUGUUGCUACAGCCAGAAAACCUUGUCUGCAAACCUUACUGGAAGCCAAGGAAUGUGAAUGUUACCCAGCAAGGUUUUAACAUGCAAGUGUCCUUUGAUCAUGCACCUCACAACUUUGGGUUUAGGUACUACUUUCUUCACUACAAACUGAAGCAUGAAGGGCUGUUUAAGCAAAAGACCUGCAAACAGGAGCAGAACACAGACACUACAAGUUGUGUUCUUCAGAACGUUUCUCCAGGGGAUUAUAUCAUUGAGCUGGUUGAUGACACUAAUACAACAAGGAAAACAAUGCACUAUGCGCUAAAACCAGUGCACUCCCCGUGGGCUGGCCCGAUCAGAGCCAUUGCCAUCACUGUCCCCUUGGUUGUCAUCUCUGCAUUUGCCACGCUUUUCACAGUGAUGUGCCGCAAGAAACAGCAAGAAAAUAUCUAUUCCCAUCUAGAUGAGGAGAGCUCAGAAUCUUCAGCAUAUGCUGCAGGUGUCCAUGUGGAAAGACUUCGUCCCCGGCCAAAAGUGUUCAUCUGCUAUUCCAGUAAAGAUUGCCAGAAACACAUUAAUGUCAUCCAGUGCUUUGCUUAUUUUCUUCAGGACUUUUGUGGCUGUGAGGUGGCUUUAGAUUUGUGGGAAGAUCUGAAAAACUGUAAAGAAGAUCAGAAGGAGUGGCUUAUUAAAAACAUAAAUGAGUCCCAGUUUAUCAUCAUUGUGUGUUCCAAAGGAAUGAAGUACUUUGUUGAAAAAAAGAACUGGAAGCACAGAGGAGUAGCCAAAGAUGCAGGAAAAGGAGAAGCCUUUCUCUUUGCUGUGUUCACUGUUGCAGAGAAGCUUCGUCAGGCAAAGCAGAAUUCAGCUGAGCUCUGCAAGUUCAUUGCAGUCUACUUUGAUUACUCCUGUGAGGGAGACAUCCCUGCUAUUCUGGAUCUAAGCACAAAAUACAAACUCAUGGACAAUCUCCCCCAGCUCUAUUCACACUUACACUCCAGAGAUCUUAGUGUACAGGAUUCAGAGGUGUUUCCUGUUAAUAUUAGUAAAAGGAAUUAUUUCAGGAGCAAAUCUGGGAGGUCCCUUUAUGUUGCUAUUUGCAACAUGCAUCAGUUCAUUGAUCAGGAACCAGAUUGGUUUGAGAAACAAUUUAUUCCCUUCCCUCCACCUUCUUUACACUACUCGGAGCCUGUCAUGGAGAAAUUUGAUUCAGGCUUGGUUUUAAAUGACUUGGUGAAUAAACAGGUGAUGGAUAGUGAUUUUUACCUGAAAACAGAUCUAAACAUUUCAGUGGGGAAUUCAGACUCUCACUGUAUACUUCAGCACUUAAACCUUGGAGAAGAUGUAGAAACUCAGGACAUUCAAGGUGGUGGCAGCUCUGUCCUUCAGCCAUUGUUACAUGUUGUUAAAGCUUCAAAUCUGAAAGACAUGCCUCGAGAUUCUGGAAUCUAUGAUUCAUCUGUUCCUUCAUCUGAAUUAUCUUUACCUUUAAUGGAAGGACUAUUGACAGACCAAAUGGAAACAUCUUCCAUUACAGGAAGUGUUUCUUCAUCAUCAGGUUUAGGGGAAGAAGAACCUCCUGUAAUGACUGCUACAAAGUUCUUAGUGCCUGGAAUAUGUAAAGCAGAACUUCAUUGCCACAUCCACACUGAUGAACUGCAGGCAAUUGCUCCUUUAUAAUACAUUACAAAGUUGUUAUGCAUUGCCACUUUAUCAGCAGCCUCUGUUUGUGCUUAAACUACCACACUGUCUCAGCACCAAAUCUACUUGAAGGAACAAACAGCCCCUGAAAAAGAUCUGUUAUUCCAUUUUUUUGUGGCCAGUAAACUUGAAUCUGUUGGUCUUUUUAUAAAAACUCUUUCAUGAUUUGAAAAAUGUAGCAUGGAAAAAUAGAAGACCAUACAUUUAAAAUGAUUCCUGUUGUAAUUUGAAUGUCAUGAUAUUACACUGUUUACAGAUGCCAUAAUCAAAAUUUACUAUUUUUUUGCUAG